AUGCCCGGUGGAAGGAGGGGCCCUAGUCGGCAGCAGCUGAGCCGUUCCGCUUUACCUUCUUUACAGACUUUGGUUGGUGGGGGCUGCGGCAAUGGAACAGGCCUGAGAAACAGGAAUGGUAGUGCUAUUGGCCUUCCGGUCCCACCUAUCACAGCCUUAAUCACCCCAGGUCCUGUUCGUCAUUGCCAAAUUCCUGAUUUGCCUGUGGAUGGGAGUCUGCUCUUUGAAUUUCUCUUUUUCAUCUACCUGCUGGUUGCACUAUUCAUUCAGUACAUCAACAUCUAUAAAACAGUGUGGUGGUAUCCUUACAAUCAUCCUGCUUCUUGUACUUCAUUGAAUUUUCAUCUCAUUGAUUACCACUUGGCAGCAUUCAUCACAGUGAUGCUUGCAAGGAGGCUGGUAUGGGCCCUCAUCUCAGAGGCCACUAAGGCGGGUGCAGCAUCUAUGAUUCACUACAUGGUUCUGAUAUCAGCUCGCUUGGUGCUGCUCACUUUGUGUGGAUGGGUGCUUUGUUGGACGCUCGUCAAUCUCUUCCGAAGCCAUUCAGUCCUCAAUCUCCUUUUCCUUGGCUACCCGUUUGGUGUUUAUGUUCCUCUCUGCUGUUUCCACCAAGAUAGUAGAGCUCAUCUUCUUCUCACAGACUAUAACUACGUGGUUCAGCACCAGGCAGUAGAGGAAAGUGCCUCAACUGUGGGUGGCUUGGCCAAAUCCAAAGACUUCCUCUCCUUAUUGCUGGAGUCUCUCAAAGAACAAUUUAAUAAUGCCACACCCAUCCCCACCCACAGCUGCCCUUUAUCUCCAGACCUCAUUCGCAAUGAAGUAGAAUGUCUGAAAGCAGAUUUCAACCACAGAAUCAAGGAAGUUCUCUUCAACUCCCUCUUCAGUGCCUAUUAUGUUGCAUUUCUCCCCUUGUGUUUUGUGAAGAGUACCCAGUACUAUGACAUGCGCUGGUCGUGCGAACACCUCAUUAUGGUAUGGAUCAAUGCUUUUGUCAUGCUUACCACACAGCUGCUGCCAUCCAAAUACUGCGAUUUGCUACAUAAAUCAGCUGCUCAUCUAGGCAAGUGGCAGAAGCUUGAACAUGGGUCCUACAGCAAUGCUCCACAGCACAUUUGGUCAGAAAACACAAUAUGGCCUCAAGGGGUGCUGGUGCGACAUAGCAGAUGCUUAUAUAGAGCCAUGGGGCCCUACAAUGUGGCAGUGCCUUCAGAUGUAUCUCAUGCCCGCUUUUAUUUCCUAUUUCAUCGCCCAUUAAGGCUGUUGAAUCUGCUUAUCCUCAUUGAGGGCAGUGUCGUCUUCUACCAGCUCUAUUCCUUGCUGCGGUCAGAGAAGUGGAACCAUACUCUUUCCAUGGCUCUCAUCCUCUUCUGCAACUACUAUGUUUUAUUUAAGCUUCUCCGGGACAGAAUAGUAUUAGGCAGGGCGUACUCCUAUCCACUCAACAGUUAUGAACUGAAGGCAAACUAA